AUGGCGGAAGCGCCUAACUCUACAACACGCGGCAAGCAAAUAAUGCAAUCAGAGGCAGCAGGCCCUAACACCAAAGCAACCGACAAAAUCGAGGAGCUCUUUAACAAAUUUUGGGCAAAGUUAUCACGUAGAGCGAAGCAAACGGCAUCCAUACAAGAGUUACCCACGGGCGAAUGUAGAAGCAGCAAGAUGAGGCGCGGGAAACCCCUGGAAGGCGGGAAGGUGUCCCAAGCUAAUACAAUGAGCAGAAGCUACCCACCAGGGCAGAGAGCGCAGAGGGCCCUAAUUGGCAAGCACAAACUACCCCCAAGGAGGGCUGCAACAUAUACACAAGAGCCUAAACCGAGAGCAUGCAAGGUCCAACCAAACAGGAAGAUCAAAGACCCCAGAAGACAACAAGGUCACUACCAAGAGGUACCAACCCCUCCGAGACCCUGGGGCAGGACUGACACCACGGUUACGCAUCACCACAAUAUUUGCCAUUUUGACAUUGGCAGGGAACGGAGGAGUGCCUGCCAGAGGGGCCACAACAGGACCCACCCAGUAACAACUCCACAUGGCACACCUACUAUGGUCCACAAGCAGAGGUCCGGGAUCAGCACACAGUCUCUCCUGCACCUGAGUGCCACACGCCUACCAGACAAGAAAGCGGCUGGUCUCCGCUGGCCCACCUGUGGGAUCGGAUGA